AUGUUCAGGGAGUUAUGCGGCGACUCCACGUUACGGAAAGUGGUCAUAGUCACGAACAUGUGGGGCGAGGUCUCUCUCAACAUGGGCGAGGCCCGUGAGGAGGAGUUGAAGACCCGGGAUAUCUUCUUCAAGCCUGUGCUAGGCAAGGGCGCGCAGAUGAAACGGCAUGACAAUACAUUCGACUCUGCCUGUACGAUAAUGCGUUGCAUCGCGUUCAAGGAUCCUCUGGCAUUGCGGAUCCAGAGGGAGCUGGUGGACGAGAAGAAGGACAUCACAGAGGCUGCUGCUGGUGCUGAGCUUGGUCGCGAGUUGCAUGAACAGGCGAUGAGAUACAAGGCAGAGCAACGGAAGCUACAGGAUGAAAUGAAGCAAGUCAAACCCCAAGCGUUGAGGCAGAAGGAUGAGCAAGCUCGAGAGGAGUGA